UCAACCCUCCCUAUUUCUAUCAAUUCUAAUCCGGUUUCCUUACUUUUUUCUGCAAUCUAACAACAAAAUGCCAAAGAAAGGAUAUACAGAAGAAGACGUCGAACGAGCCGUCGCUGCGGUGCACCGAAAGGUCGGAAUCCGGAGGGCUGCCCGGAUCCAUAGGAUACCCAGGUCGACUUUAAAAGACCGCCUAAAAGGCGCCCUACCUAUCCGGCAGUCGCAAAAGCAGUAUUAACGGAUAGCCCCUGAGCAGGAAAAGCGCCUAGCUAACUGGAUUUUACUACAGGACUCUCUGGGGCUCCCACCAACGCACGCGGAAAUCCGGUUUUUUGCAAAGGAUAUCCUCCGGCAAAGGGGGGCCUCCCAGCCGCUUGGGAAGCAUUGGAACCAUGCUUUUUUAAGCCGAUAUCCGGAAAUCCGAACUGGGAGAUCUCGACGCAUAGAAGCUGCACGCGUUAAAGGGGCUACUAUUGCAACAAUAAAGGAGUGGUGGCAGCGCUUGUAGAUACCCGAGGUGGCCGGCAUUAAGCCGGAAAAUACGUAUAACGCGGACGAGGGCGGCCUACAGGAGGGUAGAACCGGCAACGGGCUUGUUUUAAGCCUUGCAGGCACCCGGCCUUUACCGCCAAAAGAUAGGGUCCCAAUUUUUGGAGGCCUAUGCCUGUGACGGCCCAGGGCAGUUCACCGCACGCCGCAGGCAUCCACGUGAGCACGCGCCGCGGAAUAGCCCGUGCGAUAAGAUGCCGCACCACCUUUUCUUUCCCUUUAGUUUUUGUUAUCUAACUUGCAUCGGAUCUGGAUAUGGUGGCGGGGGACUCUUAUCCCGCGCAAGGAUGCCGACAAUUGUAGGGAAUGAAAGCAUCCUCGGGUUCUGCUUCGAAUUUAGUCACGCUUGAUCAUUUGACUUCGCACUCCAACCGGACUCCACUUCUGUGCCCCGCCGACGAUUUGUGCACGGUCAAUGACGUUGCGUGCUCCCAAAGAUACCCCUCGCUACUUUAGGUGGGUUUUCUGCCGCAAUUGCACUACAACUACGACAUCUCAGCAAAAGUGAUACAAUCGUUUUGACCCUAUCGAUCCGGGACUGUGCGUACAGCACUAUCUAGUCAAUCCCCUCAAAAUGGCGGCAUUCAAGCGACUGAUGGGCGAGAUAUCGAAGUAAGGAUCUUUGAAUCUCUGAGAAGCUUCGGCAUUCCGCCGUCGGCUCAUUCCCACUCUCCUCUGCAACACCAUCUCAAUUCGUCAGCUCACCCCUGUAGGGCCCGUGAAAGGGACGAAUUUACCGACUUCGUGCUGGUUUGUGGCGCUGAAAGGUUUCCCGUCCACAAAGUCAUCGUGUGCAGCCAGUCGAAAGUAUUCCAUGCGGCUUGCAGCAAGCCAUUCAAGGAGGCGGCAUCGGGCGAAUACGAAAUUGUUCAACAAUCGCCGUCAAUGGUGCGGCGGAUGGUAGAAUACUUCUACACCGGCGAUUACGCGGACUGCAACGAAACCACGAAAGAUCCAAGCAAGGAGAAGCCUGAGCAUAGCGAUGAGGAGGGGCUCACGGCUUUGUGUAUCCACGCGAGGAUGUUCGCCUUGGCCGACAUAUAUCAAGUUGACCGCCUGCAGAGCUUAGCUGCCACCAAAUACGGCAAGGCGCUGGAGAAAGGAUCCAACAUCCAGGACCUCUUUGAUUCGAUCCCGGACGUUUAUCAGCUGACUCCCUAUUCGGUCCGGGCCCUUCGCGACAAGGCAGUUCUUGCCCUUCGUGUUAAGCUAGGGCAGGCGAUACGGCUACGCCAAUUUACCGUUGCUAGCCCUAGCACUUCCGGGGACAACAGUGGAGGAGCCGCCGACAGUCUAAUGGAAGUUUAUGACGAGGUUGCUACCGAAACGCCCGAGUUUUUGAAGGAUCUACUGAGCUCGUAUAUCCGAGCCCCGUUGCUAGGACACUGCUACAAUUGCAACCCUGAACAGCCUCAGCCUGUGGAACCCUUACAGAUGAGAUGCAUGACGUGUGGCAAAGGAGGAGCCGGGUUAAUAUAGUGUGAGGUUUCGUGUAGAAUAUGAAAAAUAAGGGAAUAUUAAAAUAACCUGCCCAGUAUUCGGUCUUACUACUGUCAUUGC